GAAAAAAAAAAUUAAAAAUCUGGAAAGGUCACAUAAUAAUGAGCACUUACAGCAAACACAUUCUUCCCUUCCCCCUUCCUUCUAUCUCACAAUAAAAUCAUCUCCUUCAAUUUGCCAUGAUCGUCGCGACCAGGAGCCAGGUGAUUAUCCUAAUUAAUGUCUAUCUAAUUAAAUUACUGUCAGCGGUUAACCAAUGGCAGAAGCCGUUUCAUCCUCUCCACAAGCAGCGAGAUCAAAAGUGAGUCUUUCCUGAUUGCUGCAUAGUGUCAAUUGGCCAAUCUCUUCUCCCAGGGAAGGGAAAAAAAAAAAAAAAAAAAAAAAAAGUAAAUCAAACGUUUGGGAAGCAUUUGGUGGAUGAAGUGCUGCUUUCUGCCUAGCGAGGGUCCCAGGAUGUCUAGCUUCUGAUACUGAGGAGCCCUUUCAGAUCCAGGGACUGAAGGGUUAUUACUGUGGUGCUAGAGCUAUGCAGCUGGAGCAUUGUCUUUCUCCCUCUAUCAUGCUCUCCAAGAAAUUUCUCAAUGUGAGCAGCAGUUACCCACAUGCAGGCGGAUCUGAGCUUGCCUUGCAUGAUCAUCCCAUUAUCUCGACCACUGACAACCUGGAGAGAAGUUCACCUUUGAAAAAAAUUACCAGGGGGAUGACGAAUCAGUCAGAUACAGACAAUUUUCCUGACUCCAAGGACACACCAGGGGACGUCCAGAGAAAUAAACUCUCUCCCGUCUUGGACGGGGUCUCUGAGCUUCGUCACAGUUUCGAUGGAUCUGCUGCAGAUCGCUAUCUGCUCUCUCAGUCCAGCCAGCCCCAGUCUGCUGCUUCUGCUCCUAGUACCAUGUUCCCUUACCCCAGCCAGCAUGGACCUGCUCACCCAGCCUUCUCCAUCGCCAGCCCCAGCCGCUACAUGGCUCACCAUCCUGUGAUCACCAACGGAGCUUACAACAGCCUCCUGUCCAACUCUUCUCCACAAGGUUACCCCACGGCGGGCUACCCGUACCCCCAGCAGUAUGGUCAUUCCUACCAAGGGGCACCUUUCUACCAGUUCUCCUCCACCCAGCCGGGGCUGGUUCCCGGUAAGGCUCAGGUCUACCUGUGCAACAGGCCACUCUGGCUGAAAUUUCACCGGCACCAGACGGAGAUGAUCAUCACGAAGCAGGGGAGGCGCAUGUUCCCUUUCCUGAGUUUUAAUAUUUCUGGUCUCGACCCCACGGCUCACUACAAUAUUUUUGUGGAUGUAAUUUUGGCGGAUCCAAACCACUGGAGAUUUCAAGGAGGCAAAUGGGUUCCUUGCGGCAAGGCGGACACCAAUGUACAAGGAAACCGGGUGUACAUGCACCCCGACUCCCCCAACACGGGAGCCCACUGGAUGCGCCAGGAAAUCUCCUUUGGGAAGCUAAAACUUACAAACAAUAAAGGAGCAUCAAACAACAACGGGCAGAUGGUGGUUUUGCAGUCCCUCCACAAGUACCAGCCACGCUUGCAUGUGGUGGAGGUGAACGAAGACGGGACGGAGGAUACCAACCAGCCGGGCAGAGUGCAGACCUUCACCUUCCCCGAGACGCAGUUCAUAGCGGUCACCGCCUACCAAAACACCGAUAUCACACAGCUGAAAAUAGACCACAAUCCUUUCGCAAAAGGUUUCAGAGACAAUUAUGACACGAUCUACACGGGCUGCGACAUGGACCGGCUGACACCUUCCCCCAACGACUCACCCCGCUCUCAAAUUGUGCCCGGGGCCCGCUACGCCAUGGCCGGCUCCUUCCUCCAGGACCAGUUCGUGAGUAACUACGCCAAGUCCCGCUUCCACCCCGGGGCAGGAGCCGGCCCGGGGCCCGGCGCCGACCGCAGCGUGCCCCACACCAACGGGCUGCUCUCCCCACAGCAAGCCGAGGACCCGGGGGCCCCUUCGCCGCAGCGUUGGUUCGUCGCGCCCGCCAACAACCGCCUCGACUUCGCCGCCUCCGCCUACGACACGGCCACCGACUUCGCCGGCAACGCGGCCACGCUGCUUUCCUACGCGGCCGCCGGCGUCAAGGCACUGCCGCUGCAGGCUGCCGGCUGCGCCGGGCGACCGCUGGGCUACUACGCCGACCCCUCUGGCUGGGGGGCCCGCAGCCCCCCGCAGUACUGCAGCAAAUCCGGCUCCGUGCUCUCCUGCUGGCCUAACAGCGCGGCGGCUGCGCGCAUGGCCGCCGGGAACCCCUACCUGGGGGAGGAGGCGGAGAGCCUGGCCCCAGAGCGGUCCCCCUUGCCGGGCACAGAGGACUCCAAGCCCAAAGAUUUGUCCGACUCCAGCUGGAUCGAGACGCCGUCGUCCAUUAAGUCCAUCGACUCCACCGAUUCUGGGAUUUACGAGCAGGCCAAAAGGAGACGGAUCUCCCCGUCGGACACCCCGGUGUCCGAGAGCUCCUCGCCCCUCAAGAGCGAGGUGCUCACCCAGCGGGACUGCGAAAAGACCUGCGCCAAGGACAUCGGCUACUACGGCUUCUACUCGCACAGCUAGGCGCGGCCGCCCGGCCCCGCCGUCCUUUUGCACAAUAACUCCUCCGCGUUAGCGCACUGACCCCCGCCCCUAGCUGCCCAUCCGUGUCCCCGGCCCGGCCCGCAGGCACGCAGGGAGGCAGAGCCGCGGCUGCCGCCGUCUCCCCGCCCCGCUCCUGGCCCGGCCCGGCCCGGCCCGGGGGCGCGGGGGGCACCGCUGCUCCGAAACCCACUGAUAAGUAGGAUGCUUAGACUCUCAAACCGUACAGCGCUUCCUUCCUUUUACCACGGAUGGAUACUAGGGGAUAACAGUAAUAGUGGGGGAAAAGAGCCUGUGAAAUGCCUGUACAUAGUACUUAAUUUAUUGUAACCGACUACUUUUCUUUGGUUCUGUUGCUUUCUUAUUUGUUUGAAUUUUCUUUUUGUUUUCAUCGUUAAGUCACAAAACUUAGAUCCUGUUUAAAUUUCUCCCUCCACCUUUGCUCCUUCUCCCCGUGUCCCCUCCUCGCAGCAACCUUCCCCCCCCCCCCCCCCCCGGUAAACACUCUUUCUAAAUGCCUCUGGAAGUGCAGAGCGGGCCCGUAGCUGCGGCAGCGAGUAAUGGGUUUCUCACUUUCUCUGCAAUUCUUCGCAUGAAAUAAUUACGCCGUGCCCUGGGCUAACACAGCUAAAGAAUAGCUCAGCUUUCCCUUCAAAAGAACAGAAAUACGUCUCGUAGGAAAGUCGAUUAAAGUAGCAUGACGCCUUCCAAAAGCAAAAUUAACUGCCUCUGUAUUUUUUCUUUAAAAGGAAUAGCUCGACAUCAGCAAUAUUAUUAUUUUUGUGGUAUUCCUCCUCCCCCUCCCCCCCGCCCCCAAGUGCCAAAUCCAUUACUGGUCCCUGCAGGUGCCAAAUAUGCUGACAAACUCUUUUCAAAUUUCUUUGCAGUUUUCCCCUCUUUCUUUAUAUUGCUGUAAAUCUUUGUAAUGAAUAAUCUUAAAAAAAAAAAAAAAGAAAAAAAAGGGAAAAAAAAGAAAAAAAAAAGAUAUAGACGACUGAAUUGUUGGUAACCAUAGUGUAGUCCAGUGAAGAUGAAUUGUGAGUUGUAUAUUUUACUGCAUUUAGUUUUGGAAUUGACUUUUUCAUAAAGUAGCUAACCGAGAUCUGACUUCCUGGGGAAUCAAAUGCACAUCAAAAGUAAGAGCGAUCUUUCCUGUAAACCUGUUACUAAUUUCAUGAAGGAACUAAUAUCCCUCCAGGUCUGUCCCCCCGGCGAAGCAGAAUAGUAAGUCUUCGAAUUUUGAGUAGCAAAUCUAUACAAUUAACGCAUUUUUAUAUAGAGGAAAAAAAAAAAAACCAACACAAUUACAAACUGAAAUAUGCAUCAGGCUAAAUAUUCAGUUUAGAUUACACUCGACGGGGAAAUUUCCUAAUAGAAAUUCAGGGUCAUAAACGUGUGUAUAUUUUUGACUCUUCUGUAAAUCGAAUGUUGUGAUUUUUAUAUUUGUUCUGUUACGUCUGUGGAACUGAAUAAUUUAUACCAGUACAUGCUCCAUUGAGAAAUGUUUCGGUUUUUGCCCGUUUGUAUCGUCUGUGUAUAACAAGUAAAAUAAACCUGGCAAAACGUU